AUGGGCAAAAAGAAAGAUUUUUACGCUGAAAAAGAUGGUAAGAACAAUUAUUAUUCACACAAGAAACACAAAAAACACAAAAAGCACAAAAAGGUACGCAGUCAACCGGAGCUGCAAACCUACGAGAUGGUGGAGGAACAGGCCUUGGACGAAACCGUCGAAGUCGUAGAAGAAAUUGAAUAUAUGGAGGCUGAUCCAGAACCUGAAAUCAUAACGGAAAUAGAAGCGGAAGUACACACCACAAUUGACACCAGUGAGUGCCAGCCGGAUCUGUUGGACGAUUCAACUCAGCAAAUGCAACCCCAGAAAGUUGUAUCCCCGGGCAAGUCACCGGCUGCCAUGAGCAAAGUGCAGAAAAAGGGCCGCAAAAGAGGACGCGAUAGUGGGACGUCGAGCGAGGAGGAACGCUGGCUGGACGCAAUCGAAUCCGGCAAGCUGGAGGAAGUUGACGAUGAGUUGAAAAAAAUCAAACCGAAAGAUCCCAAGCUCAUGACGGCCAGACAACGGGCAAUGUACGAGCGUAGUUCCGACAAGGAACCUGCUCCCGGAUCGGAACUGCUAAUGUCCCUCCCGACGGGAUAUAAAGAGAAGGUUAUGACAGCGGAAGCGAUACAAAAGGCGCAGCUAAAGUCGCAAAAACGCAAACAGAUGGCGGAUGAGAAGAGAGAGAAGGACAAAAAGAAAACCAUGGAACGGUUGCUAAAAAAGCAGGAUUCCAAAUCGGUGAAAGCAAUCAAGAAUCGACCAGUCAAAGAAAAGGUGCCGAUGAUUACUUACAUGAAUACGGUCGAAGGUGCUUCGAUCUCGUUGCCGCCGGACGUUGAUUUCCCACUGCAACCACAAGCACCAAAAGAACCUCCUAAGCCCACCCUGUGCGCCAUUCCCGACUGUAAAAACAUUAAACGCUACAACUGUUCGAGAACAAACACGCCUUUGUGCAGCUUCAAAUGCUAUAAAGCAAAUAUUGAGGCAAUAAAGAGGAUCAUUUGUUGAGUGGAAAA